AAUAGAGUUUUAAUAAUGAAAUAACAAAAAAUCAAACAUUUGCUGCACAAACGGUGGAAAAAUGGCGACUAUAUUAACGUUAAUACUUAUUAUUCUUCCACUAUUUGGUUAUUCCCACCAGAAUCCGGGAAUGACGGUGCCAGCUCCGGGCGAGUCAAUCGACACGCCAUCGCGAGAGGUGGUGGUCCAACACCCGGUCACCGUACAAAUAGCCGACCCGUCACCCAUGACAACGCCGCCAUCCAUGUCCGCCCUGAAGACCCGCGUUGUGGUGGUGCACAACAACAUGGUCCCCGUGCCCAUCGAGUGCUUCCAACCGCCCGACUCGGGCACCUGCAGCAAAGACUUGGCCCGCAUUUACUACGAUCACGAGACGCGCACCUGUAAGCCCUUCUCGUACACCGGGUGCGGCGGUAACGCCAACCGUUUCCAGAGUAUCAAAAACUGUUAUCGCAUUUGUCAUCCCUAUCGGUAAGAUAUGUGAAAGUUUUGGCCAAC